AUGGCUGCUACCACUAAGCUUAUAGCUCUUAGCUUUGUUGUCCUCUUGAGCAUUGGCUUCACCAGUGCUUCACGUAUGUUAGCUAGCUCAUCCAGCGCCUCAGGAGGAGGGUCGGGAGGCGGAGGUGGUGGUGGUGGGGCGGGUGCAAAUGGAUACGGCGGAGGAAGCGGACAAGGUGGUGCCACUGGAUACGGCGAAACCUUGGUAGGUUCAGGUUACAAGUAUAACCAGGCGAAGGGAGCUGGUGGAGGAGGAGGAGAAGGUGGCGGUGGUGGUUCAAACGGCGGAGCAGGAUCUGGUUCUGGGACCGGCGGUGGCAUCGGCUCUGGUGCGAGUGGUUCUACUGGCAGUGGGCAGGCCAAUGCUAAUGGUAGUGGUGGGGGUGAGGGCCAAGGUGCUGGCGCCAAUGGGUCUAGCGGACAAGGAGCCGGAGCAGGCGGUGGUGAAGGAAAUGGUGAGAGUAUCGUAGCACCAGGUCCAUCUGCUGGUGGUGUUAGCUACUCCGAUGCCGCUGGUGGUGGUACCGGUGGUGGCGGCGGGAACAGUGGAAAUGGUGGCGGAGAAGGAACUGGAGCUGGAAAUGCCGGUAACGACGGCACCUCGGGCAGUGCCAAUGGACAGGGUAGCGGCAACGGUGGCGGCAUAGUUAAAGGUGUUGCUCAAGGGCCAAGCGUCGGAGUUGGGUCUGGUGCAGGCUCCGGAGCUGCACAGACCGCUAGCGAUGGACCUUCUGGUUCAGGCUAUGCUGCCGGAAGCGGUGCCGGUGGCGGUGGUGGUGCAGGUGGAAGCGAGAAUGGCGGGGUUGCCAGCGGUGGAGGCACGGGACAAGGGUCCGGCAGCGGAUCAUACCCUUAA